AUGACGCGCCGCGGGACGCUCCCGCCGGCGCUGCUUCUGCUGCUGCUAGCCGCAGCGCUGGUGGCGACAACAACCACUGUGUCCGGGCAAGGCCGGCCCGUGACCGACAGCGGCGCGGAGACGCCGCCCACGCCGUCCAGCUUCACGCCCAAGGACAGCUUCCUGAUUGACUGCGGCGGGACGGCGCCCGUGACCGCUGACGGCAAGUCGUACAAGACGGACGCGCAGGCCAACCACCUGCUCUCCGCCAACGACGCCAUCCGCGUCGCCGCCGACGACAAGGCCGACGUGCCGUCGCCGCUGUACGCUACCGCGCGGGUCUUCAAGGAGGAGGCCGUCUACAGCUUCCCGCUCACCGUGCCGGGGUGGCACUUCAUCCGCAUCUACCUCUUCCCGAUCAAGGGCGGCGACGUGGACCUCGCGUCGGCCACCUUCAGCGUCGUCACCGACGACAACGUCCUGCUGCACAGCUUCACCCCGGAGAACAAGCCGGUGAUGAAGGAGUACAUGAUCAACGCCACCGAGAACCACCUCGCGCUCAAGUUCCAGCCGCUCAAGGGCUCCGCUGCCUUCGUGAACGCCAUCGAAGUGGUGAACGCGCCCGACGAGCUCAUCACUGACUCGGCGCUGGCCGUCGCGCCGCUGGGCGAGAUCACCGGCCUCGUGCACGACGCGUACCAGGUCCUGUACCGGAUCAACGUCGGCGGCCCCGCCAUCGGCCCCGCCAACGACACGCUGGGCCGGCGGUGGGAGACCGACGCGGCGUACGUGCAGAUCAGGGAGGCGGUGAAGGACGUGUCGGUGCCCACCAGCACCAUCAAGUUCCCCGACGGGACGUCCCGGCUGGUGGCGCCGACGCUGGUGUACGCGAGCGCUGCCAAGAUGGCGGACGCCGACGUGGGGAGCCCCAACUUCAACCUGACGUGGAAGGUGGACGUGGACCCGUCCUUCAGCUACCUGGUCCGCCUCUUCUUCGCCGACAUCGUGAGCAAGGCCACCAACGACCUCUACUUCGACGUGUACAUCAGCGGGCGCAAGGCCAUGUCCGGGCUGGACCUGUCCACGGUGACCGGCGGCGAGCUGGCGGCGCCCUACUACAAGGACUUCGUGGUGAACUCGUCGUCGCUGGAGGGCGCGGAAGGCAAGGGGAAGCUGAGCGUUCAGGUCGGGCCCAUGGGGCAGGACACGGGGCGGAUCGACGCGCUGCUCAACGGCAUGGAGGUGCUCAAGAUGAGCAACUCCGUGGGCAGCCUGGACGGCGAGUUCGGCGUGGACGGGCGGAAGGCCGACGACGGGAGCGGCGGGCGCAAGGCGGUGGCGGCCGUCGGGUUCGCCAUGAUGUUCGGCGCGUUCGCGGGGCUGGGCGCCAUGGUGGUGAAGUGGUACAAGCGGCCGCAGGACUGGGAGCGGCGGGAGAGCUUCUCGUCGUGGCUGCUCCCCAUCCACACGGGCCAGUCCUUCACCGCCAGCGGCAAGGGCGGGUACGGGUCCCACAAGAGCGGCAACACCUUCUCCUCCACCAUGGGCCUGGGGCGGUUCUUCUCCCUGGCAGAGUGGGGCAUGCAGUGGAAGCGCAAGGGCCUCAUCGAGAAGAUCAUGGACCCCAAGCUCGCCGGCACCGUCAACCCGGAGUCGCUCGCCAAGUUCGCCGAGACCGCCGAGAAGUGCCUCGCCGAGUUCGGCAGCGACCGCAUCUCCAUGGGCGACGUGUUGUGGAACCUCGAGUACGCGCUGCAGCUGCAGGACGCCAACCCGCCCGAGGGCGCGCAGCAGGACGGGGAGGACGGCGCCGCGGCCGAGGGAGGCGGCGGAGGCGCCGUCGUCCCCGCGGCCAGCGCCUCGGGCGGCGGCGUGCCCGACGCGUCCACCACCGCCGCCGGGGAGCUCUUCCAGCAGCUCGCCGACAUGAAGGGGAGGUGA